AAAAUUGCUGACAUGAAUCGUUGAACCGUCUUUUUGAACAAGAACAUUGCUUGGAUGAUGCGAGAUGGGUAUAAAAAGUACGGAGCUCUCGUGGCGCUAGCAGUGCAGAAUAUCGCCUCCGUGAUGGUCAUUCGAUCGUCGCGAAAGUUUGGCCGUGAGAAUGCGGUCGCUUCAACCGCUGUGCUAUGCGCCGAGGUCCUCAAAUUUAUCGUAUGCACCGUGGCUCACGUCCUGCGAGAGGAGUCGCGGAGUGCCUCGACAGUUAUUGCAAAGGAUAUCUUUGGAGAGGAUUCUGCAUGGAAAAUGAUGAUGGUCCCGGCAGCUUUGUAUACGUUGCAGAACUGGCUUCACUAUUUUGCGCUUUCCCGUGUAGACGCAACAACACAUCAGAUCACGUUGCAGUUACGAAUCCUGUCCACUGCUAUAUUCUCCGUUUUUAUGCUCAAAAAGAGACUGUCAUGGAUGCAGUGGGUAUCAUUGCUAGUGCUAACUGGUGGAAUGGCGCUAGUACAGCUACCUAGUGGAAAUUCGGCUACCAAGAUAGAGGCGGGGAGCAAAGCUGCCACCGACAGGCUCAUAGGUUUGGCUGCAAUAGCCCUUAUUUGUGUGACCUCGGGAUUUUCCGGGGUCUACCUAGAAAAAGUGCUUAAGCGGACAGCUACAACCUUAUGGGUUCGCAACAUUCAGUUGGCAUUCUUCAGCUCAAUUUUCUGCGCCGUCUUUGGUGUGAUUCUGCAUGAUGGGGCCGAGGUCGCUUCUAGAGGCUUCUUUGCGGGAUAUGGGUGGGCCACCAUAUGUGCGAUACUGCUGAGUGCAGCAGGCGGACUUCUUGUUGCCAUUGUCAUCAAAUAUACAGAUAAUAUUGUAAAGAACUCGGCUAUGGCCAUCUCUAUCAUCACGAGCGGAGUGAUAUCGUCCCUCAUUGGCGACUUCACACUAACGACGAACUUCCUUCUGGGUGGUAUACUCGUGAUACCAUCCGUAUGGAUAUACUCAAUGAAUCCAGCACCUCCGCCACCUAGUAGGGCUUAUGGGAGACUUCCGUAAAUUUCUUGUUUCUGUGAUGUUGAAGCACGGAUCUCAACUAUAGGACUGAAGCCGGCCAGCUACACUGUACAUACAUAUUAUUAAAUUGAGCGAGAAUUAGAAGACAUGCCGCACACUGUGUUCCAUUCCUGUACUCUUAGUACCUAUACAUAUUUCGAGCUCAUGGGCAGACAAGGAUUUCGUGUGUAACAGACAUAUUUAGCUGAGGGCUUUGGUGUCCUCGCAUAUCAAAUUGAAUAUCACAGUACUGCCCUAGCAUAUGCGUGUUAUAUUGAGGAUUGUGUAGCGCACGGUCAA